GCCAAACUUCCGGCCAGACGGUAGGAUUCAGUUUACACUUUACAGCCUUGAGGAGGGUUGGCGGGAAGACUUAGAGCGGUCAACACAACACAGCAAAGAUGUCGUCUACAUCACAGAAGCACCGCGAUUUUGUGGCUGAGCCCAUGGGCGAGAAAUCCGUGCAGUGCCUGGCUGGCAUCGGGGAUGUUCUGGGGCAGAGGCUAGAGGAUAAAGGUUUUGACAAGGCCUAUGUUGUCCUCGGUCAGUUCCUUGUGUUGAAGAAAGACGAGGACCUGUUUAAGGAGUGGCUGAAGGACACCUGUUCUGCCAAUGCCAAGCAGUCGCGGGAUUGUUUUGGCUGCCUAAAAGAAUGGUGUGACGCCUUCUUGUAAACUGACCACACUCACUUCCUUUAACACCUAUCCAAACCCGGCCACAGACAGGACCACAACAACGCCCCGGACAUCCCAACCACAAGACCUUCUAGAGUUGCUGAGACACAAUCUGUUGCUUGUGCUGGAUGAAGACCCCUUUUAAAUAUCCCCUUCAACUGACACACUCAAGCGAUUUGUAAUAUUAACUACCCAGAAAUAUUUACUGACUAAUUUGUUUCAUAUGUGAUGGUUAAGAUUUCUGGUUAGAUGGAAUUAUCGGCCCUUUUUAAUGAGCUGUGGGGAUCAAGCUGGCGCUGUGUGGUAGUGCUCAGACGGGCCCUAUAAAUAAUGUAGUAAAGUUUAGUUUCACUGUACAGCGCAGUGAGGGUCCUGCAUAGUCCCAAGCGCUGUCUGCGUUUCAUUGAUUUGUUCUAAGUCUCCUUUUUAUUGCUUUGACCUUAUUAAUAUUUUAAUGUUUUUAUAAUACCAGUCUCACAGCCACCUGCUGAGUUUGUACACUGGACCAUUGCAGCUUUAUUGCUUAUUGUGGCUUACUGAAUCCUCCUUUACCACCAAAGCAUUCGUGGGAAACAGUGAGUUUUGGAUAAAUGUCUUUGAACCAUUAUUUUAACCUCAAACUCUACAAGGAGAUACAAAUCUUCAUACAUAUAUUAACCCAAAAACAAGUGGUAAGCAAACAUUUUUGUGUCUUUUAGAGUUCAUCAGUUUUAAUGCAAGUCCAGUACCUGUAAGGUUCUACUUGUCCUGUCAUUCUCAGUGUGAGCGUCUUGUGGUGGAAUUUGAGGGGGCUCAAGUUGAAGCUCUGGUUUUUAGAAACUAACUUGUUAAUAAAUUCCCAGCGUCCCUACUGUACUGUGGUCAAUAUGAAAAGUUUUAAAUACCAAGUUAUCCAAUUUGGCUGUCUUUUAAAUAUAUAUUACUACAAUUUGACUAGAUACUGAAAAUUCUUGCACGUUCUUGUUUUCGAUUUGACCGUUUUUAAAUAAAAUAUAUGUAUAGAAAUAAA